AUGGCGCCGCCCAGCGCCUCAGAGGGAUGGAGCCGCAAAAGCGUCGACGGCGAGGCCAAGCUCGAAGCCCACAACAUAUACGUCAACCAGAAGCGCGCCCUCCCCGCCGAUCUCGAUCUGCAUAUCAAAAACACCAUCCGCAGAGCCCGCGAAACGACCCCUUCCGCUUCCCGCAUCGCUGAGAAGGCUCCGCGCGCGGCUGCUACAGGCGAGCAGGCGGCCAUCGACCUCAUCGCGCCGGACAUACUGUUCAGGGGCACGGCAGAUGGUGGCAGCGAGGCGCUCAUCACCUCCCUACCGAAGCUGAACCUACACCCGAAAUACCUGCCGCUUGCGGAUGCUGUGGUUGUGGAAGACACAGGCUCGCUCUCGCAGGCGCAGCCUGAUACAGCGAUUGGCUACGUGCGCUGCCGCGAUGCUAGUCGUGCAAAGGUUGAAGCGCCGCUGACCCCGGAACAGGAGCGUACCAUCAUCAAGGACCCGUUGACUGCGUUGUUACACUUCCCUUUCCUCACCGCCCAGUGGAAGGGCUACACCGGCAGCGAAGGCCACUAUCAUGCCUCCCUCCAGGGCGCUCGCGACAGCACCUGUAUCGUUAAUUCCCUCUACGAGCUGUACGAAAGCACCAGACACAUACCUUCAACUGUCGACACGUGCCAUUUCUCUGUCACCUCGAAUAUGGAUACAGCCAAGUUGUGGGUCCACUGGCGAGAGAACAAGGAUAACGCAGCACCCCAGCAUUACAUGGAAUGCAUCCACCAGGCCUUUCUUGAACCAAUCGAGGACACCAUGGCCAUUUUGGAGAGCUUUCGAAAGAGGCUGCGCAAUAUCCUCGACUAUGCGACUGGACCACGGCUCGUUAGCAUCCGCCAUGCCAUUGAUGCUCUGCAGAAAAAGAAGGAAACGGAAACGGCGACCAGGGUGCCCUCUGUGCCAUCUAGCUCAUCAUCAAAGGCGCGCAGCAGAGGUGCUUCACAAUCGUCAGAUCGCCGCCGGCAAGCGCACAUGCCCCCACCAUCUCCUCCUGCCUCUCAGUCAGCACCGCAACGGAAACGCGCACGCACGGAGGACCUGGAUGAUGUGGAGCGGCAAUGA